CUGAUUCAAGUACCCGUCACCUACUUAGCUCUCGAGUUAGCCAACAAGCUCGCGUCUGACGAAGCAAUAUUCACGCCGACAACCGAAGUCCCCCGACCCCGCUUCAAAGACCGCCACCCACACACUGUGCUUCCUCUCCGCCCUUCCCAUGUCUUCUGCACCGUGGGACUAUAUUGCAAAGCUGGUAUGCAUAGGCGACUCCGGCUGCGGUAAAUCCUCGCUCACGAUACGCCUCUGCGAGGGGCGCUUCGUAACUCACCACGAUGUGACAAUCGGCGUGGAAUUCGGCUCGCGCAUUGUGCCCGUCGGACCACCAUACUCGACGACCUCCUGCACAACAAGCCCCUCGUCCUCGCAAUCGCCACCAGACGGCAAAGAGCCACCAGCCGCAAGCGGCCUCCCAGAACCGCCCACAAUCCAAGCAUCAUCUCAAAAGCACAUGAAACUCUCCCUCUGGGACACGGCAGGGCAAGAGACCUACAAGUCCGUCACACGGUCCUACUUCCGCGGCGCGUCGGGCGCCCUGCUCGUGUUCGAUCUUACGCGCAAGUCAACCUUCCAGCACGCCAUCGACUGGCUGAACGACCUGCGGCAGAUUGCGGAGCCCGACAUCGUGGUGGUGCUGGUGGGCAACAAGGCCGACUUGGCUUCGCCAGACGCAGUUGUAGAAGAAGACGCGGAUGACAGCAGGAGACCAGAAGCCCAAGCCCAAGCCCAAGCGCAAGAGGCAAAGGCAGGAGGAGGGCUCCGGGGGGGAAAUAAGAGGGAGGUAACGAGGCAAGAGGCGGAGGAAUGGGCGCGGCGGAACGGGGUCCUCGAAUAUGUCGAAACGAGCGCCAAGAGCGGGGAGAACGUCGAGAUGGCCUUCAUGCGGGUUGCGGAGAGGAUAUUCCAGAAUAUCCAGGCGGGGAAAUACGAUCUAAAUGACAGACGGUCUGGGGUUAAGGGUGCGAGUGCUGGAGGAGGAGUGCCAAGAGGAGGCGGUACGGUGAGGUUAAAGAGCCAAGCUGCUGCGGGGGGCUGUUGCUAAGAUUGUUGUACAAUACCUGUAUACCCUGAACGCUUCCUACUCAUUUCAAGAGGGGAAGGAAGGAACUACGCGCGCGAGGACACGAAUCGGGCGGCAUACUGCGAUGUAUCAAAUCCUUAGUUGUAAUGUGGCGAGCAAGCCGGUGAAUAAAUCAGUGCCGGUUCGAAGCAACAUACACAACGGAGAUUGGUGUGAAAUGCUUCGAGGAGAAAUGCGCUCUCAGACAGAAGGCAAAGUUGUGAGCACAGAGGCAGA